AUGCCUCCACUUUCUUCUAGACUAAAUAUUCGAAAUCUAGAAAACUCCGAUCCCAUGCCACCGCAGGAGACGAAGCCUGGCUCUCUGGGCUCCAGUGACUCUGAGGUGAAGAACUCCUCCAUCCCUAUCCACAAGUCCAAAGAACCGGGCGACAGAGAACUGUCCAAUGAUGCGUCCAAUGAAACGUCGGAUUCUGAUAAACUGCUCUCUCAUCUGGCCCCUUCUGCCACCGACCUGACCGAGAACGGCUUGGGUGAAGUUGAUGGCGAGGGUUACGAUGAAGAGGAUGAGGAAGAAGCCGAACCCGACUCGGCAGAUCCUGACAUCAACAAGAAGGAUAUGCUCAAGCAGAAGAAGUUCUUCUGUAAGAUCUGCAACCAGGGCUUCACUCGUAAACACAAUAUGGUUUCUCAUGAGCUCAUCCAUCUGAGCUCGAAGCCACAUGUGUGUACGGUGUGCGACCUUUCUUUCAGAAGAAUUCAUGAUCUCAAGCGUCACGAGAAGCUACAUCUGGGUGAAAAGCCAUUCCACUGCGAGAAGUGUCUUCGUCGCUUCGCCAGAACUGAUGCUCUUACCCGUCACUUGAACUCUCCAAACGCUUGUCCUGGUAAACCUCAGCCGAGCCGGGCUCUGCUGAAGAAUGACGUCUUUGCCCCCGAUGGCGUUAAGCCUGAAGUGGCAUCUGACGCUUUGAAGCCACAAAUGAAGACGAUCUCUUCGUCUUCUUCAGCAUCCUCCGUCCCUCCAGACGUUUCUUCCAUCAAAGCUGCUACUUCUAGUGCUACCACUCCUACUGAGACUAAAUCGGGUUCCGACAACAGUGGCAGCAUGAAGACUCAGCCUUACACUGGGAAUGCUCCAAGAAGCCUUAGCAGUGAAUCUCUGGGCAGCUUAUCUGAUACGAUCAAGAAAUCUAAUUAUGACAUCAAUCGCUGGAGAGCCUACCAACAUCAACAGGGCUCUCAGCCUCAAAACUCUCGCUUCCCUUACAACACGACGACUACGACAACUACGACAACAACGACUACUGAGGGAAAGCUGCAUGACGGAGAGAAGUUGCCUGGCACAAUGUACCACCACGUUCGUCACCGCAAGUCUCAUGACACUGACAGACCAAAGGCUACUGAGACUCAAUCAUAUCCUCCAAACGGUCAAGGCCAGCAUUAUCACCAUCACUACCACCACCACCAUCAUCAUGACGAGGAGAGAGCAUCUAAGGAAAAGCCUCAGUUGACGCCGUCUUCAGGACUGUGGAGCCUUGCUUCUGAUCGUGAGUAUCGUCCAGAUGGUCACUUCAGAAAACACGAUGACUACUAUCCAAAAGACAUUCGUGGAAGAAAGGAGCCAAAGAACUCGCCACCGGUACAGCAUAUCACUUACAAUCAUCCCGGUGGGAACAACACUCCUUACGCUCCUGCUGUUCCUUCUUCGCUGAAUCCUCAAUCGCCUCACUUUUUGAUGCAACAGAGACCUCUGGAGAAUCACUUCAAUCAACAGUUCUACAUUGUGUCGUACCAGGAUGGGCAGCACCAGCCUAUGGGCAUGCGUAUUCCCUACAUUGGUAGCCAGAGUCAGCCAGAGAUCGCUCCUGCUCCCGGGUGGAGUUCACAGCAUUCAAAGCCAGAGACGCCGGCACCACGCGAGGGAGGAAGUUCAUCUCAGCCUUCUGAGGCGGCACACAGUGACAGCUGGGUGGCAAAGCCACAACUCCCCGACAGGGCUAACAAGUUUGUUUCGAUGAGAAAGUACAACGAUCUUGUUACCUACACCAACCUGUUACAAGAUUCGCUUGCCAGCAUGGAUAGCAGAAUCAGAAUGUUGGAAAGCACUGGCAGCACCUCCCCUCAACAGGGCUACAAGAGAGAACCUCCUGAGGAGGAGAUGCUUCCCAGGAAGAGAAGCAGAGGGGACUAG